UUCGUUUCUAUUCAUGUUGUAAAAUAGCAUUUUCGUAUUUUCAUGUUAUUGUACUCACAGGAGUUUGUCAAAGUAAGGAAAGACUUAUCCAAAAUUAAAGAUGAGUUCUAACAGAGGAUUCCGUCCCACGCCUAUUCACUUGGAUGCGACAAAACUGCAAUUUCAAUUUUUAACGGAACAAGACAUUUUAAAUUUAAGUGUAAAAGAAGUAACAGUACUUGAAUCUUUUGAUGUCCUUGGUAAUCCUGUAUAUGGUGGACCAUAUGAUCCGGCGUUUGGACCAGUGUCAGAUAAGUCAACUCCAUGCACAACAUGUAGUAACAACAUAUCAAAGUGUAAUGGACAUUAUGGUCACAUAAAGUUACCCUUAGCCAUAGUCAAUCCACUUUUUCACAUAAUUUUACAAAAGAUACUAAAGAUGACAUGUUUAAAGUGCUUUACAUUACAAAUAUCUCAGAUUGAAAAAGAUCUUUUGUUUGCUGAAGCACAGCUCAUCGAAGAUGGCCACAUAAAGUACAUAGAGGGCUUGCGCCAAGAAGUCAUGUCCUCAUUACCAGAAUCUAAAGGCAAAGGCAUUGCGAACUUGGAUGACGCGCUUGUAUACACAGCACGAGAUAUAAUAAAAUGUUAUGUAGAUAGAGUUUAUAGCCAAGCUAGAAAUAAAAUGGGACAAGUUUCUUUCAGCAGUGAAAACGAUGAUUCCCAAAAGUUUUGUUUCCAACGUCAAGUUUAUAUUGACAACGCUAUAAAGGAGAUCAAGCCAAAAGACAAGUGUAUCAACUGUCACGUAUCAAGACCAAAGAUAACUGUUAUAAAAAAUCGAAUAAAAUCACGCCAAAGGAUACGUUUGGACAAUGAUAAUGAUGAAGAAGUGGCUGAAGAGGGAAAAGAAAAAAUGACCGAAAUGAUGCUAAUGCCCGACGAUUUAAAAAAUAUCAUGCAAAGAAUCUGGAUCAGAGAAAAAAAAAUACUUUCAAUGAUGAUACCGUGCCUGAACUCGAUAAAUGUGGAACAUCCUACAGACAUAUUUUUCCUCAGCGUCGUUCUCGUUGUGCCUCCACUGGUGAGACCGGUCAACAUGAUGAACGGUCAGAUAAUGGAAAAUCCGCAGACGGAAGUGUACAAAUCGAUCCUCCGCAACUGCGUCGUCCUACGCAACGUCGUGCAAGCCGUGAAGACCGGAGACACCAGCCUGAUCCCCGAUUCCGGCAAACUGCUGAUCCGAGACAUGCGUGGCGCUACUCUCGUCGAAAAAAUGUACAACGCGUGGGUAGAGCUGCAGAGCAGCUGCGAUCACUUGAUUGAUCGGGAUCUUAGCAAGAACUCCGACUCCGUCAACUGCCACGGCUUGCGCCAGAUCGUGGAGAAAAAGGAGGGCGUCAUUCGCAUGAACAUGAUGGGCAAACGCGUCAACUUUGCCUGCCGCACGGUCAUCACGCCUGACAUGAACAUCAAUCUCGACGAGAUUGGCAUCCCCGAGGAGUUCGCGAUGAAGCUCACCUACCCGGUCUACGUGACUCCCCACAACGCAGCCUGGCUCAGGCAGCUCGUACUCAACGGGCCGGAAAAGUAUCCGGGCGCGGUGAAAAUUCAGGGAAUGGACGGCCGUACGUCCCACUUGUCCAAGGACAACUUUAUCCAGCGCCAAGCCAUGGCCAAGCGGCUCCUGACUCAGGACGAAAAAGCGACCAAAUUCCUCGACGGCACCAAAGUCGUUUACCGCCACCUUAUGAACGGUGACGUUCUUCUGCUUAAUCGGCAGCCUACUUUGCACAAGCCCAGUAUAAUGGCGCACAAGGCCCGCAUACUUAAGGGUGAGCGCACCCUGAGGUUGCACUACGCCAACUGCAAGUCGUACAACGCCGAUUUUGACGGCGACGAAAUGAACGCCCACUUUCCGCAAAACGAGCUCGCUCGUGCCGAGGCUUAUCACAUAGCCAGCGUGCCCUACCAGUACCUGGUCCCCAAAGACGGCACACCGCUCAGUGGCCUCAUCCAGGAUCACGUGAUCUCGGGCGUAAAGCUCUCGUUGCGAGGCAACUUCUUCGUCCAGGAGGACUAUCAUCACUUUGUCUACUCGGCGCUGGCCAUGCUCCCCGGGAACAUUAUUCUUCUGCCACCCGCCAUCAUCAAGCCCCUGCCAAUGUGGUCCGGCAAGCAGAUCAUCUCAACAAUCGUGAUUAACAUCAUACCGAGGGGAAAGGCGAGGAUCAACCUGACAUCGUCGGCCAAGAUUCACCACAGUCAGUGGCAGAAGUGGAGACCGCGUCCCUGGGCGUGUGGCGUUCCGUUCGCUAACCCGAUGACAAUGUCCGAAGCUGAGGUCAUUUUUCGAGGUGGUGAGCUGCUCUGUGGCGUCCUCGACAAGAACCACUACGGCGCGACACCCUUUGGCCUCGUUCACUGCGUGUACGAGCUCUACGGCGGAGACGCCUCGUGCAAGUUGCUCAGCGCCUUUGGCAAAGUUUUCCAGUGCUAUCUGCAAAGGAUCGGCUUUACUCUAGGUAUCGCCGAUAUUUUGGUGAAAUAUCGAUCAGACAGGAAGCGCGCUGAGAUCAUCAACAUGUGCCGACAAAUCGGAGAUAGCGUGCAAAAAGAAAUAUUGGAAGUGCCGGAAGACACGCCGAUGGAAGAGGUGACCGCGAAAUUUGAAGAAAAUUACCAGAGCAACCCAAAGUUUCGCAAGCAGGUCGACGAGAAAUACAAAAAAGCCUUGAGCGUCUACACCAACAACAUCAACAAAGCCUGUUUGCCCCGUGGUCUGAUCAAAGGCUUCCCAGAAAACAAUCUCCAGCUCAUGGUGCGAUCAGGUGCCAAAGGUUCGUCCGUCAACACUUUGCAGAUUUCGUGCUUGCUUGGGCAAAUCGAGCUCGAGGGUAAGCGUCCCCCGCUCAUGAUAAGCGGCAAAAGUCUGCCCAGUUUUCCGGCCUACGAUUCAAGCCCGAGAGCUGGUGGUUUCAUCGAUGGCCGAUUCAUGACCGGUAUUCGACCUCAAGAGUACUUUUUCCAUUGUAUGGCUGGUCGCGAAGGUUUGAUUGAUACCGCUGUCAAAACCAGUAGAUCGGGAUACCUCCAGAGGUGUCUUAUUAAACAUUUGGAAGGAGUGAAGGUCGAAUAUGACUCAACAGUCCGAGAUCAAGACAACAAUAUAAUUCAAUUCAUGUAUGGUGAAGACGGUCUUGACAUACUUAAAUCCCAAUUUCUCAAUGACAAGCAAAUGCAAUUUUUAUACGAUAACAAGGAUGCGGUUGUCGACGAAGAUCUGCUCAAGCAAAUGAAGCGCGACGAUAACCCGAAAACGAUAGAGAAAAUCUUGAAAAAGAUCAAAAAGUGGAAGAAACGUCAUGGCGAUGUGUCUUUAACAAAACAUGCGAGUCCCUUCACACAUUUUUCAGCUGCUCAUUAUGACCCCAACAAUCCCAAAAACAAAGUCAUGAAUGAGGGUUCCGGUCGUUACAAAGCUACAAUUUCGCUUAUGCGCAAGUGGAUACGGGCAGACGAUGAGACUAAAAAUUUGUACAAAGCUCAGGGUGCCAAGUGUCCCGAACCGAUAAAUUCGCGAUUCUGGCAGCAUCGUACAUUUGGUGUGCUGUCCGAAAAGCUCGAAGAUUUGCUCGAAAACUACGUAAAAAACAAGCCUGAUAUGAAUAAAAGCGAUCUUAGAGAUCUGAUAAGUGCCAAGGUCAUGACUACUCUGUGCCAGCCUGGAGAACCUGUUGGAUUGUUAGCGGCUCAGUCCAUUGGUGAACCAUCGACUCAGAUGACACUGAAUACCUUCCACUUUGCUGGUCGUGGUGAAAUGAACGUCACUCUCGGUAUUCCCAGGUUGAGAGAAAUCUUAAUGAUGGCUUCAAAAAGUAUCAAGACACCAAGUAUGGAAAUACCUUUCAAGAGUGAUUUGGUCAAGCUUGAAAAGCAAUCCACAAAGCUAAAAUUAAAAUUAACCAAGUGUUGUAUAGCUGAUGUGCUAAAGGAAAUUAAGAUUGACAGAAAGCUUCACCUCGUUCCCCAGCGACGAAUGAUGUAUUCCCUCACGUUUGACUUUUUACCGCACAAAUCUUACAAAAAAGAAUUCAAUGUACAUCCCAAAGAUACCAUUGAAGGUGUUAAGAAUAAGUUUCUCAAAGCGUUUUUCCAAAAGAUCAAGGAAGCCAGUACUUACUGUAGCGCGACCAUAAUGUGGACAGACGAAAAGGAACCGAAAAAUUUAGAUGAAAAACUCGAUAACGAAGAAGAGCCAAAUCUGGAUGAGUCGAUGGCGAAACUCAAGGGUCGCAUUGAUUUAGGUGAGACGCACGAGUCGUCGGACGAAGAAGAGCUAGGCGAAGACGCGGACGCGACUCAAGCUCGAAGGGUGAAACAACAUCGAGAAAACCAAGAAUACGACGAUCCCGAAGACGAGGAAAUAGUGCCCGAAGAGGAAGAGGGAGAAAACGACGAGGAGGAGAAAAAAUACAAGGGAAAGGAAAUUACGAAUACGGAGACGAGCGCGAAUGUUAAUACAGAAGAAGAAUCCGUCGCUCCAUCAAUGGAGGCAAUCGUGGAAGAACUGAGUGAUGAAAAGAGACAUGUAUUGGAAAAAUUCAGGUUCGUAACGGACUUUGAGUACGAUGAGGAAAAGUACAGGUGGUGCAAGGUCACGUUUUAUCUACCUAUUGCCCUUUCGAGACUCGAUAUGCCCUCGAUCGUCCGCGAGGUCGCGAACAAGGUCGUUCUAUGGGAAAUCCAGGGCGUGAAGAGAGCCAUCACGUACCAAAAUCAAAAGGGGAGCACAAUUUUGAAAACUGAAGGCAUCAAUAUUAUUGAGAUGUUCAAGUACGCUGAAAUUUUGGACCUGAACAGGCUUUACUCAAACGACGUUUAUGCUAUUUCGCAAACAUACGGCAUCGAGGCGGCUAACAGAGUCAUCGUCAAGGAAGUCAAGGAUGUGUUUGGAGCGUACGGUAUCCACGUGAAUCCGAGGCAUUUGUUGUUGGUUGCCGAUUACAUGACCACGAGUGGUGUCUUUUCGCCUUUGAGCCGUAAAGGUAUCGAAAGCUCGGGAUCGCCGUUGCAUCAGAUGAGCUUCGAGAGUUCAAUGACAUUCCUAAAAAUGGCCUCUCUUCAAGGUAAAUUUGACAAUUUAACGUCGCCGUCCAGCCGACUCAUGUUGGGUCUGCCAGUUACGGCUGGUACCGGAUGUUUCGAGGUGAUGCUCGAUAUCAACAAACAAAUAGAAUUGAAUAAAUACUCUCAACCAUUAUCUUUCACGUUGUAA